GGACUGGUACAUAUCACAGUUACAGUGAGAUUCUCGUUUAGAGACAGGCCUGUAAAUUCAUAUUACUCCAGCUUGGAUUUCUGCCUUGGAUCAGUAAAUAUCAGACAUACCUACCUUUUGAGCUGCUGAUCUCCAUUCAGAAACAUCUCUCCCCUGUCACUGCCAAUGUCUGCUAUGGUUUAUCAUGUGGAGAACCAGUACUCACAUAAGUUCAGAGUCACGGUUGUGAGGGCUGAGAAUGUCACCAAGGGAGUGUGGGGUGAUUAUUUGGACAUCCCACAUCCUUAUGUAAAGCUGUGUGUACCAGCUGUCUCUAAAACCAAAAAAAGGACAAAGCAGAUAGACAACAAUGUGAAUCCAGAAUGGAAUGAAACUUUUGAAUUCAUAUUGGACCCUAGUCAGGAGAAUGUUCUAGAGGUCACGCUAAUGGAUGCCAUCUACGUUAAGGAUCAAACACUGGGAACUGCAUUGUUUACUAUCUCUGAUAUUAAAGUGGGACAAACACAACUGAUUCCCCUCCUCAUUGGUAAAGCUACCAAGGUGUAUUUAGAGAUGUCCCUGGAGGUUUGUUCUAUCAAGGAUCUUCGCCUGAGCUUGGCUCUCUGUGACAAGGAGAAGCUCUUCCAGAAGGCUCGUCGGCAGAAGGUCAUGCUGGGAAUGCAGAAGCUUUUGAACACAGAGAAGAGCUGCUUCCUCCCCACCACCCCACAGGAAGUGCCAGUGAUUGCUGUUAUGGGGUCUGGAGGUGGAUUCCGGGCCAUGGUGGGCUUUGCUGGCGUGAUGAAAGCUCUCUUUGAGUCUGGAGUUCUGGACUGUACCACCUACAUAGCUGGGCUCUCUGGAUCCACCUGGUGCAUGUCCACACUGUACUCCCACCCGGAUUUUCCAACCAAGAGCCCUGGUGAGAUCAACCAGGAGCUGAAGAAGAGGCUGGCCAACUCACCACUGCGAUUGCUAACGCUACAGCAUGUGAGUCAGUACAUCUACGCGCUGCAAUCUAAGAUGGCCGCUGGGCAGCCCGUCGGCUUCACAGACAUCUUCGGCAUGUUCAUUGGGAAGGCGCUCAUCCCCGGGUGUAUGGACAUGAAGCUGAGCCAGAUGGCGAAGAAGGUGGAUGAUGCCCAGAACCCGCUGCCCCUCUUCACCUGUUUGCACGUCAAGCCUGAUGUAUCAGCGCUCAGCUUUGCAGACUGGGUGGAGUUCAGCCCUUAUGAGAUUGGGAUGCCGAAGUAUGGAACCUUCAUGACUCCUGAUCUCUUUGGGAGCAAGUUCUUCACGGGAUCAGUGGUGAAGCGCUUUGAGGAAAGCCCCCUUCACUUCCUCAUGGGGCUCUGGGGCAGCGCCUUCUCCAUACUCUUUAGUCGACUCAUGGGAUCGCCAUGCGGUGGGAUGAUCACCGUGACAGAGAAGCAGGAAGACUGGGUUUCUGACUGUUUUGUGGAAGAAGACGAAGAUAACGAGGAAGAUGGAGAUGGCCAUGAAAUCUUGGAGUCUACCUUUAUGGUGGGAGGAGAAAACUUUUACAAUGAACUGGACCAAGCACUCCCUGUUGGUGCAUCGAUAGUUUUCCAUUCUCCGAAAAGCGUCGACGGCUGGGAGUCUGACAGUAUUGAGGGAGAUGAAAACUUUGGCAUGGAACCAUUUUCAGAUGGCUUUGAGUCUGAUAGUAUUCCGGACAUAGAAGCAGGUUCAGCUCAGAUUCAGGGGUCCAGCUCUUGGAACUGGGCUCAACGCAUGCUGGCCCGUAUUGGCAAUGCCUCGAUCUUCAGAAGCCGCGGGUGCCGGACUGGCAGGGUGCACAACUUCAUGCAGGGCUUAAAGCUGAGCCACACUGUCCAAUCCUCAACUCCUAAGGAGUCGGCACCGGAGAUGAAGAAGGCGACAAAAGUCAGAGACCACAAUGAGUUUAACUCCAUCCACGAGCCUCUGGACCUGACAAGUAAGAAGAUCCAUGUGGUGGACAGCGGCCUUAGCUUUAACCUACCAUACCCGCUCAUCCUCAGGCCAGAGAGGGGCGUGGACCUCAUAAUAUCUUUUGACUAUUCCGAAAGGGAGAGUGAUUCCACAUCACCCUUUGAGGAACUUCUCCUGGCUGAGAAAUGGGCCCAUCUGAACAAGCUGCCCUUCCCUAAGAUAGACCCCACGGUGUUCGAAGGAGAGGGCCUGAAAGAAUGCUACGUCUUUAAGCCUGAAGACGGCCAGAGGAACUGCCCCACCAUCAUCCACUUUGUGCUGGCCAAUAUUAACUUCAGGAACUUCAAAUCUCCAGGUGUGCCUCGAGAGAAUGGAGAAGAGAAGCAAUUUGCUGAUUUCAAGAUAUUUGAUGACCCAAAAAACACCUAUUCCACGUUUAACUUCCACUACUCCAAUGAAGCCUUUGCCCGACUGCAUGACCUCAUGGAGUUCAAUACUCUGAACAACAUUGAGGUGAUUAAAGAUGCCAUCAAGGGCUGCGUUCUGAACAGGAGAGAGAACCCAUCAUGUUUCACCCUUGAUUAAACUGGAAAACAGUUUCUGGAAUCGAACCUUGUGGAAGAGCCUGGCCCUAACAGACACGUGGUUGAGUUACUCAUGUCAGUGGUAUAAGACUAAUUGAAUCUGCUUUGCUUGUAAGUUUUAUGAGGAUGCACAUUGGAUGUAUUCUGGUCAUAGAGUUUUAGUGAAAAGAUCUACCAGGUACCUUAGAUAAAGUCACAGAAGGAGGUUAGGGAAGAAAGAAAGAGAUAGAGAGCAUGCCUUAGAUUGUUUGGAAGAAGGAUGAAACUGGGUAAGGUAAUGAUCUUGGUCUUGGUGGUGCUCUUUCACCUGACUGUCAUUUAUUCUCCAAUUUAAGUAUCUCUAUAAAUAACCAUUGUUUCCAUUAAUGAAAAUCAUUUGUAAAGUAACUAAUUAACAAUCGGUUAAAAAGUGACAGCCCUAAUAGGGACCCAGGGUGUAAUGGUCUACAGUGCAUGAUUCAUUGUUAUAAAAUCCUCUUACCAUCUGAAUUUAGGUUUGGUUAAGUUUGUUGAUUUCAAGUUUUUCAUUAAGCAUUUAUUUCCACAUCUUAAAUAAUACAGUGUGAUGCUGCCUAACAUGCUUGUCUUUUUUGAAUGACAACACACAUUGUGCCUGUUUAAAAUAAUCCUUGAGUAUUUUUGUUUUAAUUAAACGGCAGCUAAUGCUGUC